CAAACGCGUCAAAUCCAGUGACCGUCGACCUGAUCUUCACUUUGACUGCUAUUUUAGGGGUGGAUGAAAAGUCCCAGGUCUUAAAAACAUACAUCUGGCGAGAGUUAACAUGGAAAAACGAGUUUUCUGUGUGGGAUCCAGACAAGUGUGGCACUGAAUGGAUUGCAGUUCCAAGAACUCUGCUCUGGGAACCAGAUAUAGUCAUCAAUGAAUUCAUGGAGAAGAACACUGCUCCUCCUGUUCCAUACAUCUACCUGCAUUUUGAUGGUGACAUUUACGACUCACAGCCCAUCAGAGUGGUCAGUUCCUGCAGCCUUGAUAUCUACCUGUUUCCCUUUGAUAUUCAGAACUGUACUUUUACCUUCAACUCCUACAUCCACGUCAUGGACGAAAUACAGCUCCUCCUUUCUGGAACUGGAGACGAAAUGACUGAAGCGUCUAAAAUGGUGAUAUCUACGAUGGGCGAAUGGAGCUUAAAUAAAAUCACAGCGAACAGAGCAGAAAUUGAUACCGUAGAAGGAAACAUUUAUGUGGAGCUUCAAUGCCAUAUCUCCAUUCGGCGCCAUCCCACCACAUAUGUGGUGAACCUCCUGCUCCCCAGCUGUUUCCUCAUUGCAGUGGAUCUUUUCAGCUUCAUGCUGCCUCCUAAAAAGAUCGACCGCUCCCUGUUCAAGAUGACUCUUGUCCUGGGCUACACUGUCUUCCUGCUAAACACCAACCAAAUGCUGCCCAUUACUGGAGACACUGUACCCCUCAUAAACGUGUUCCUGUCCAUGUGUCUGGUGAUGAUGGUUGCUACUUUAGUGGAGUCCAUCUUUGUUACCAACCUCCUGCACGGCUCUGCCGACUAUCCUCCAGCGCCUCGUUGGUUCAGAGAUUUUGUUUUUCAGGUUUUGGGACGGCUGGUAAGAAUUUCUACAAAGUCCAUAGAAAGAGACAACACUGUAAUCCAAAAUCCCAACGCACAAGAAAUGUCAGAUUCCUCUCCAGUGGUUACAAAAAACGACAUUUCGGAGGAGAAGGAAACCUUGAAUGAGAACAAGAGUGUGCAGGUGCUCAGGAAAAUAAACAGGGAUCUGAAAGCCAUCCACCUUCAAGUGGAGAAGAAGCUGAAAAGAAACCUCAGCUCACAGGAGUGGAUCUACAUCGCUCUCAUCAUUGACCGUCUGCUGUUUUUCUUUUACAUCCUCUUCAUAUCAGUCAGCUUCAUUACUAUCCUCAUCAUCUGGGUCGUCUCAUACAGUAAAGCCUGAAUCAUGUAUCUUCUUGUGUAUCAUGCAUAGUCUCUGUUUUUCUGAAUUUGCAAUAAUAUAUGCAAUAAUAUAUGCAAUAAUAUAUGCAAUUAUAUAUCUAAGUGAUUUUUUUUAAAUCUUAACCUUGACUUUCAUGUUCUACAAAUUUUAUUUUAGCCAUUUGUUCAUCAAAAACAUGGAAUAAUGCAUUUAUUCGCAGAAAACUGUGGUUAUUCAACAGGCUUUUUUAGUUGUUUAAACAUACUGUUGUGUGUUAUGCAUACUUUGUUCCUAAUCGACAACAUAUGGCUCUUUGCAAGGUAAAUAUGACUAUUAGUACAAAUGGAAACAGAUCAUACGUGGCUAUUGGGAUCCUAAUGUAUGUUUUCAACCUUGAGCCUGUAGAAAUGUUUAUUUCAGCUUUUAAGUAAGAAUAUUUAUCAUAAUAGUCGUUUACUGUUCAUGUC